GAAGACAUUAAUGUGUGUUAUUUAUUACUCAUCAGUGUCUGUAAGUGUUGUUUAAGUGUUAUGUGUGUGUUAAGCGGCUGAUUCCUCUUACGUGAGCGUCUGUAAUUGGUAUAAUUGGAGUGAAGUGUGUGUGCAGGAUGACCGAGCGUCUCUCUCUCCGUCACACACACACCUCAUGCGUCUGCUGGAGCUCUUUAUAUACGGCGUCUGGAGCUCUGCUGGCCGUGAGUCUCCAUCAUGACACACUCCUGCAGCUCUCAAGACACGGCCAGGGUCCUCCUGAUGGUGUGUGUGUGGGGAAUCCUCACUAUGGACACAGCGCAGUUCCCGCUUCCUGAGGGCUUCAGAUAUAUGCUGUAUCCGGUGUCGGUGAUGGGGCCGUUCGGGCCUCAGACGGUGCUUUUCCCGAUGAGCGCAGCACAGACAAACACACAGAUCCAGAAAAACCCACCAGCGAACCACACAGAGGUUCGUUCUCAAGGUUUGUCUGGCCCCGCCCCAGUCUCUGCCUCUGGACCCGCCCCCAGCCCCGCUCCCGUCAUUAACGCCGGCCCACCAGAGUCUUCAGUUCUGCAGGGACAGAUGUCAAACCUCCUGCCCUCAAACGUCCCUCUACAGGUGUACUCGUUUGUCCAGCAGGCUGUCAUUGCUGAAUCCGGCAGUUCAGAGGAAGGAGCCGCUACUCAGGUCAUUUACAUGGUUCCCAUCAGUGUGGAUUCGGCCAACAUGGGAGUGAUGGAGGGGACUGUGCCCAAUCCUGACCCAGGACACCUUCAAGUUGGAGCCAGCACCUCCGCUGCACCCACCGCCGCACCACCACACGCUCAAGGCCAGAUGGGAAAAACUGUGGCCACAGAAACAGCGAUUAAGACAGAAACGCUGGGAAAUAAAACACUCUGAGAGCCAGAAAUACAAGAUCCAGAAGCAGCAGGGCACUCACCAACCAUCAAAUCUAGAUUAUUUCCAGAUCGACAGAAGCAUUUCAGCUCUCAAUUCAGUUCAGCUUUAUUUCUAUAGCAUAUUUUACAAUGUAGAUUGUGUCAAAGCAGCUAAACAUAGAUGAAAAAAUACAAGAAAAAGCCAUUAUAUUUCAAACUGUGGAACAAUACAGCGAUUCAGGCAGAGAAUGUUCAGCCUACAAUUUAGAAAGAUAAUAUAUUAGGGCUGUGUAAUUAAUUGAAAUCGAGCAAUUUGAAACGUUGCGGUUAGCUAAUCACAAGAGGCUGCGACAUAAAAUAUAUAUUAUUUCAUUUCCGAUGACAAAUCCACUAGAGGGCGCUGUCUACAAUACUUAGGGAGCAGUUUGUCAUGUAUUUCAGGUGACGAAUCCACUAGAGGGCGCUGUCUAAAUUUCUGUGAAUCUGAAAUACAUCAGUUAGGGUAAAUUUUGUUGUACAUUUCAGAUGACAAAUCCACCAGAAGGCGUCGUGACUGCCUACAUAACUUAGGGUAUAUUUUAUUAUACAUUUCAGUUGUUAAAUCCACUAGAGGGCGCUGUCAACAUUAUUUAGACCGCUUUUAUUGUACGCCUCAGAUUACAAAUCCAUUAGCGGGUGCUGUCUACAUUACUUAGGGUACGUUUUGUUGCAUAUUUCAGAUGACAGAUCUACUAGAGGGCGCUGUCAACAUUAUUUAGGGUGCUUUUAUUGUACGCUUCAGUUGAUACAUCCACUAGAGGGUCCUGUAUACAUUACUUAGGUUACGUUUUGUUGCAUAUUUCAGAUGACAAAUCCACUAGAGGGCACUGUCAACAUUAUUUAGGGUGCUUUUAUUGUACGUUUCAGAUGACACAUCCACUA